AUGGACCAGACUAUCCACGGGAAGAUCGGUCUGAGGAAGAUACCUGUUGGUGGGAGGCAGAUCAUGUUCUUGGAGUUUGAUAGGAUCAUCGUAAAGCUGUUUUCCGGGGAGCGGCUGAUUGGGGUUUUGAGAGGGGCUAGAUCCCAAACUUUCUUGGCAAAAGGGCAUUGGAGGAAUAGGUGUUCUGCGGUUUAUAGUUCCCCGCAAUGGACGCAGCAGGCGCUGUCAGGAAGUCCUCUGCUCAAGAGAUUGUCUCCGAGAGGUAGAGCUUUAUGCACUAUCUUCCACAUGAAGACUUUCAUUUUGGGGGAGAAUUUACCGGACCAGAUGUCGGAGAUCCAAUUGAUUGGUUCUGGAGGUCUAGUUGGUCUGUCAUCUUUUGCAUUCAGGGAGGUGUGA